ACCAAAGUAAUUGAGUGAUCAAUCACAUGGAUCUUCUUUUGCUCUCUAUUUCUCUAAUUUCUCUAUUCUCUCUUCUCCUUGCCUUUAACUUCCUCCAUCAACCUCGUCACAAAAACCUCCCACCAUCUCCAUCUUUUUCUCUUCCACUAAUAGGACAUCUUCAUCUCCUCAGACAUCCUGUCCAUCGAACCCUUCACAACCUCUCUGAAAAGCUUGGCCCCGUCCUCUCUCUCCGAUUCGGCUCAUGUCUUGCGGUAGUUGUAUCCUCUUCUUCUCUUGUCCAAGAAUGCUUUACAAAGAAUGAUAUAAUUCUUGCCAAUCGCCCUUUGGUAAAGAGUGGAAAGUACUUAUCAUACAACUAUACCAACUUAGUCAUCUCGCCUUAUGGCGAACAUUGGCGAAACCUCCGUCGAAUUAGUACCCUCGAGAUUUUCUCCAUAAGUCGCCUUAACCUUUUUGUGGGAGGUAGAGAAGAUGAAGUCAAACGUUUGUUGUGUAAAUUGUGGGAUGGAUAUUCGUUUGAAGAGUUUAAGGUAGUGGAGAUGUUCCCUAUGUUUAUGGAUCUUAUGUUCAAUAUUCUUAUGAGAAUGAUGAGUGGAAAGAAGAAUUGUGGUGACGAUUUGAAAGAUGAGGAAAGAUCCAAGAAAUUUAAAGAGAUGGUGAAACAAGUUUUGGCAAUUGCUGGAGCAGGAAAUCCAGGAGAUUUUAUACCCUUAUGGAAUUGGAUUGAUCCAACUUGUUAUAAUAAGAGGGUAAAGAAGCUUUCAAAGACAUCAGAUGAACUUAUUCAGCAAUUAAUUGACGAGAUCAGGAAUCAGAAUGAUGGAGAAAAUACAAUGAUUCAACAUUUACUUGGCCUGCAGAAUACUCAACCUGAAAAUUAUAGUGAUCAAAUUAUCAAAGGUCUUAUACAAGUAAUACUAUUAGCAGGAAUUGAUACAGCAGCUGUGACCUUAGAAUGGGCUUUAUGUCAUCUGCUCAAUAAUCCAGAAGUAUUGAAGAAAGCUACAGAUGAGAUAGAUAGCUCCAUUGGUCAAGAGUGUUUAGUUAAGGAAGUUGAUUUGUUGAGAUUGAGUUAUUUACAAGGAAUAAUCUUUGAGACCCUACGAUUGAAUCCAGCAACUCCCUUGCUUGUGCCACAUUGUGCAUCUGAAGACUGCAAAAUAGGAGGCUAUGAUGUACCACGUGACACAACCGUGUUGAUUAAUGCUUGGGCAAUACAUAGAGACCCAAGCCUAUGGGAAGAUGCCACAAGUUUCAAGCCUGAAAGGCAUGAAAAUGCAAAUGGAGUUGAUGCAUACAAACUAUUGCCAUUUGGGUUGGGAAGGAGAGCUUGCCCUGGAGUGGGAAUGGCACAACGUGUGGUUGCCUUGACUUUGGCAUCAUUGCUUCAAUGCUUUGAGUGGCAAAGACUCGGCAACUCAUUGGUGGAUAUGACAGAAGGUGAAGGACUCACUAUGCCUAAAGCUCAACCAUUGACAGCCAAGUGUAGACCACGUCCAAUUAUGAUGAAAAUUUUAUCAAUGAAACAAUAAUGGGUAAUAUUGGAAAAUGAUUUCUUAUCAAUCUACAUGUUAAUAAUGGAUAUGUGUAUUUUUUUGGUUUGCGACCACGAAAACUCUUGGUUCAUUUUAGCAAAAAUGUCAAACUUGAUAGUUUCAGAAGUCGUAAAAAAAAUUGAUUGGUGCAAAUUCUACAACAUAUAGAAAAAUAAUAUUAAUAAAACAUUAGCGGUGGAUGAACGAAAGUUUUUCUUAA